UCCUGUGCUUCACAGCUACAGACUGGCAACAAAUCCUCCACUGAGUCAUGACUUUCAAUCAGCGAAUCAAUUCCCUUCCUCCCUAUUCACUUAAAACUGAACCAUUAUAUCACAAUAUAAUUGACAUCUAUGGUACACAUUACAUCAUUCAAGUGUCUCUAGGAGGGGAAAUAAAGGCAAUCACUGCUGUAAAGACCUGCCAGGCAACCAUGAAUGGUCUGUCAGAGACAGAGGUCAAGGAUUGUUUGUUAGUUGAGGCCUCGGCUAGCUUUGCAAAAACAGCCAGUAUAGAAAGCAUGAUAAAACACUGUCAGGAAAAGAAGAAGAAGUUAGGCUCUAGCCAGAGUUUCAGCAGCACAUUUAAUGAGCGUAGCACAGAGGUCACUGGUGGAAACAUUGAUGGAGCUGAUACCCUCUUUCAAGGACAAUCAAACCCCUCUGUCUAUAAUGACUGGCUUACCUCACUGAAGAACACACCUGAUGUUGUCCGAUACAACCUAAAGCCCCUGCACACCAUACUACCAGGUGAUCAUCCUGCAAGGACCGGACUGAAGAAGGAGGUGGAGAAGUACAUCAAGAAAAAUGCAGUGUUGAAGAAAUGUUCAGAAUCUUGUCAAGUUGGACACAGAUCCAGCAAAAGAGAUCCUUGUGCUUGUGUCUGCAACAGUGAUCAGAAUAUCAAGUCAAACUGCUGUCCUGCUGGGAAAGGUCUUGCCACGUUAAAGGUAUUCAGGCUUUAUGCACAGGAUCUGUAUGGUGAUACAUUUGGUAAGACAGAUGGUUCAGUGGAAGUCAAGUAUGGUGACCAGGUAAAGCGCACUGCCAUUAUAGCAAACAAUGACAAUCCUAAAUGGCGAGAGACCUUUGAGUUUGGAUCCAUUACCAUCAACAUGCAAAACAAACUUAGAUUCAGUAUUUAUGAUGAGGAUACUUACUGGAACAGUGAUCUGCUUGGUGAGUGCUCAUUUGAUCUACGUAAAGGGACAGUGAAAGACAGCUGCAUGUUAAAUCAUGGUACCUUCUUCUUCUCCUACACAGUAGAGUGUGCACCGAGUCUUGGUGGAUCACAAUGUCAAGAGUACAUUCCCUCCCCCAUGAGUGCCUCUCUGGCCAAGGUCUUCUACACCAGAAAUGGGGUCCUUGUUGGAGAGUCAGGGGAGAAUCAUGCUCACUCAGUCAGUCAGUCAGGUGGAGGUCAGCUGCUGUAGGGUGAUGAUAGAAUUAGCAUUUGAUUUCAUGAUGAAUAUCUUGCUUGUCAUUAAUAUCAUCUUUUUACACUGUUCCUCAUGCUUGUCUUUCUUUUCCUGACUUUUGUGUGUGAAAAUAAUUACACUCAUUCUCAGUUUCUAAAGUUUUAUCCCAAUGUGUGUUUGAGAGAAACUAGUUGGAUAAUCCACUUUCUAUGCUUUUUCCUUGUUAAUUACAAAAUCUGCCAAUAAAGCAUCAGCAAAGACAA